AAUCUAAGGGUGUAGCUGAGUGCAACACACGGGGACACAGGAUUUGCUGUGCUGAUUUCGAGAGCUGGCCGCUGCUACAGCUGGGAUAUCGUGGCUCCGAAGGAUGGCGACUACUUUCACGACUCACAGGCAGCCCCUGGAGUACCUGGGCGGCGUCCGGCGGUUCCCCGUGCCGGAAGACAAGACCCCCUGGUCCGUGGACUACCCCGGAUACCACCCCGUGGACUACACGGCACCUCGCGUCCUCUCCCGUCCCGUUUGGGCAGACCCCGACAUCAGGUCUCUAAUGAGGCAUAGCAGUCAAUCAUUUUUGUUACAAUUAGGAGCAAAACAACCACAUCCCACAUUUGUUUUUCCUCAAAAUCUGUUGUAUUCACACAAGCUCUGUGUAUAUUUGCAGGAAGGAGGAGGAGCCGGAAAAACCGCUGCAGUUCAACUCAUUGGACGGUAAAGUGGACAGAAAGAGUCACAUGGGCACCUACCAGAUAAUGGACAAAGUCCCCAGGAACCCAGUGGGUCGGACAGGGAUGAUCGGGAGGGGUCUGCUCGGGAGGUGGGGACCCAAUCAUGCAGCUGACCCUGUCGUCACCAGGUGGAAGAGAGAUGGGAGUGGAGCUAGAGUGGAGAGAGAGGGAAAGCCAGUGUUGGAGUUUGUGGCUGUCAGAAGAGGAGACACUGGAGCCUGGGCUAUCCCUGGAGGAAUGGUGGAGGCAGGAGACACGGUGUCGGCCACACUCAAGAAGGAGUUUGGAGAAGAAGCGCUCAACUCCCUCGAGGCCACGGACGAGGAGAAGAGAAAGAUUGAAGAGCACAUCAACCACCUCUUCAAGUCUGGAGACAAGUUGUAUGCAGGGUAUGUCGAUGAUCCUCGGAACACAGACAAUGCCUGGAUGGAGACAGUUGUCUUUAACUUUCAUGACGACUCAGGUGAGGGUUUCAGUAAGCUGAAUCUGGUUGCCGGGGACGACGCGGCUGCCGUGGCGUGGACGGAGGUCCACUCUGGUCUCAGUCUCUACGCCAGCCACUCCCACUUCGUCCGCCUCGCUGUGGAGCACCGGAAAGCCGCCUGGUAGCACAGCGGGACACUAGACUUGGCCUAUUUGUAAACUACACCCUAGUGGCAUGCAAAGCAAGCCUAUAUACCUAGUUUUUCCUUUUUUAUAAACGGCUGUCACUGGAUAGUGCCGUGUGGCCUGUUCUCUUAUUUGGCAAAAGUGAUCUGAAUUUAUUUUUUGGAAGGGAUA